AUGCCCAUUGCCAACACCAAAGCCGCAGCGCUAUUGACGCUGCUUGCGUUGACACUCGGUUACCACCUUCGCACAUGGCCCCUUGUGGAUCUUAUCCUUGAAACUCUCUUUGCCGUGAUUAUCUACCGCUUGACCUUGCAUCCACUGGCCAGCUACCCAGGACCCUGGCUAGCCGCCGCCACAGACUGGUACAACAUCUACUACUGCUUCACGGGCGAUCGACACCUAGACUUCUACCGACUGCACGAGAAGUACGGAUCAGCCGUGCGAUAUGGCCCCAAUCGCGUGUCAUUUCGCUCGGCAACCGCCCUGGCCGACAUCUACGGCAGCCAAGCCAACACGCAAAAGUCAGCCGUCUACAGCGCCUUUACCCACUUCUUCACCGUCCCCGCCAGCCUAACCACUAUCGAUCGAAAAGCCCAUGCCUUCAAGCGGCGCGUCACCAGCCGAGCACUGAACCCACGUGCCGUGCAGGAUCUUGAAGAGUUGAUCCUGCAGAACGUGCGCGCCCUGUGCACUGCCCUGACGAUCCCAGCGGAUCCCUACCUAUUGAAGAACAAGAAGGAUCCGACUACCGAGAAGGAUCCCUCCUCAUCCUGGGGCCGUCCCCACGACCUAUCCACAACAAUCAAAUGCCUCCUCAGCGACAUCAUGGGUGACGUGACCUUCUCCCGCCACUGGAACAUGCAAUCCAGCCCACGUAACCGCCACAUCCUAUCCCUAAUGGCCCAAGGCACCCGUGGCAUAAACCUAGCAGGCCACAUGCCCACCCUCCUCAAGCUUCACCUUGACCGUCUCUGCUUCCCCACUCUCACGCGCGGCGUGCAACAGUUCUUCCACCUUUCCGAAGAACAGUCCUCUUGGCGCGCCGCUCAGCCCCCCGAUACCUUGCCGCACCGGGACCUCUUCGCCUCGCUCCUCGACGCCCGCGACCCACAAUCGGGUCAGGGCUAUACUCCGCGCGAUUUGAUUGCUGAAGCGGGCUUUUUGAUCAUUGCCGGUACCGAUACUACGGCGACGACUAUCACUGCUACUUUGUUCUAUCUGCUGCAUAAUAGGGAGGCGUAUAUCCGCGCGCAGAGCGAGGUUAGUGUUGCUUUUGAGGAUGUCGAAGAUAUCCGGAUUGGACCUGCUCUGGCGGGGUGUCGGUUUCUGUAUGCUUGUGUAAAUGAGGCGCUGAGGCUGAACCCCCCUGUUAGCUCGGUUCUGCCGCGCCAGGUGCUGGAGGGGGGGUUGGUGGUUGGGUACUUUGUGCCGGAGGGGACGGAUGUCGGGGUGCCGAUGUAUGCCCUGCAGAGGGAUGGUCGGUACUGGGUUGAUCCUCAUGCGUACAAGCCCGAACGCUGGCUGGGGGUGGAUGCUGAGGAUGGAGGUGUCACGGCGUAUGCGCCGUUCGGGGCGGGACGGACAAGUUGCGUGGGUAAGUAUCUUGCGUAUCAGGAGAUGGGGAUUAUUCUCGCCAGGUUGUUGUGGUUGUUUGAUAUGCGGUUGUAUUCUGUUGUCAAGGAGGAUGAGAACAAGAAGGAUGAGGAUGCAGCAUGGGGAAGGAACCGGAGAGAUGAGUUCCAGACACGCGACGUGUUUACCAGUUCGCAUGAGGGACCAGUUGUACAGUUCAGCAGGAGAAUAUAG